UUCGAUGGAGUGAGGCUUCAGGCGGAUCGAGGGGUCUGUAGCCAACAUCCUUUAUUAAUCUCUCACUUUUUUCAAGAUUUAAUAAACAAAAAAAUGUCUUCCUCAUCUCCAAAUUCAUCCUCCCCUCCAUUAUCUUCAUUCAAUCUUCAAUACGAAAACAAUUUAAAUAUAAUAACUUCAAUAAAUUCUUCCCCAAAUAUCCCAACAACCAAAGCCUUUGUUUGCGAAAUUUGCAACAAAGCUUUCCGUUUCCGUUCAAAUCUGGCAGAACACCGAUCUGUCCAUACCGCCGUUAAGCCUUUUGUUUGUAAAUUCUGUGGAAAGUCGUCGAGGUUGAAAGGGAAUUUGACCAAACACAUUCUGAAACAUCACAAAAAUGAACAGAGAGAUUAUAUUGGGACGGAUGAUUAUAUUAUUAAAAAGGGCAAAAAAUCUGUGAAGGAUCCGGCGGCAAUUGAAUUCCUCGAACGUUCAAUGAUUGUGCUCAAUAAUUCCGCUAGUGCCAAUAAUGCCAAACAACGAAAUUCUAAAGAAUCGGAUUCUAAAGAAAGUUCAGUCAAUUUAGACAACAAUGACAAUAAUAAUGAAAUUAAUACGGAUAAUUUAUUCAAUUCUUUGGGAUUUAAUAAAUCUUUUGAAAUGAAGGAGGAAGAAAAUGAUGGUGAGCAACAAGCUUUAGCUUCUUCGCCGUUAACACCAGAAAAUGAAAAUAACAAAGGGGAAGGUCUGGAAAUUUUAUUUGAAAUUAAUUCUGAUUUUUAA